AUGUUUAAUUCAAUGGACACUCGAGUGGAAAGGAAAUUGUCGAUAGAAUUGAUACCAGAAUUGAAAGGUUUGAAAGACGUUAAAACUUUGGAUGACUUGGAUUUCGGGAACUUAGAGCUCACAAGAGGUGACACUCCCGACGAUAUCAAACAGACAUGUCUUCAAUUGUGUGCAGACUAUUUGGGAGACAAAUGGACUCAACAAACGGUGGACACCAUUGAGUUCAGACGACUGGCCGGCGGUCUAACCAAUCAAUUGUAUUACUGCGCGAUCGGUAAGCCCUCAGUGGCCAGCGAUGAACCCCAAGAAGUGGUCAUUAGAAUAUACGGACCAAAACAUUUCAAUAAUAAGGACCAUGGUGGCAAUGAAAGGUUAACUGAUGUUAUUAAUACAUUAUUGGUUUCUGAGAAAAAAUUGGGCCCAAAAGUGUACGGCCUGUUUGAAAGCGGACAGAUUCUGGGCUAUUAUAAACACCGGCAGUUUCGUCUGGAGGAACAGUCAAAGCCAGAACUGGUCGCUCAGGUAUUCAAAAAGUUGGCUCAAAUUCACGCCAUGAAAGUUCCCAUUAAAAUGAGUCACAACUGGCUGUUUGACGAUUACGAGCGCUUCUACCAAAUGGGUUACGAAAAGUUUCCCAUCAAUGAUAUGAUCGCUGAACUCAAUCUCCAGACAUUCAAGAAAUACGAUCUCAAAGCGGAGCUGCAAUGGCUGAAGGAGGCGGUGGCCGAGUCGGGCAGUCCUGCGGUGUUUUCGCACCACGACUUUCGGGGCAGUAAUAUAAUGGUCACCGAACCCGACGACGAGAUACUGUUUUGCGAUCUCGAGUACUCGGCGUACGGGUGGCGGGGCUUUGACUUCGGCACCAUUUUGGUGGAGUGGGGCCGCACUUUCAGCGAAUUCGGCAAAUCCGAGAAAGACAUACAGAAGUAUCCAAACGACGAGACAAUCAAAGAGUUGGUGAAAAUAUAUGUCGAAGAGUCGAUACGACUAUUGGGCCCGAAGUUUGCCAACAAUCCGGUCAAUUCAAUUGAUCACAUCUUAAGAGAGGCCAAACUCUUCUCUUUGGCUGCGAUUAUGUUUUUGGUGGUGUUUUCCAUCAAAAACGAUGUAAGCGAUGGCAUUAGUCUUCCCAUCGAUAAGAAACUGUUUAUGCAAUGGGGCGAAAAUGCUUAUGAGGGCUACUUUUACAUGAAGGAGAUGUUUGGAUUUCAAUAAAUUUUGUGCAUUAUUUCCGGCAAAUAUACAGUAAAUAAUAUCAAAGC